AUGCAUGACCAAUAUCCGAAUACUGAUGAUGCGCAUCGCGAUGGGGAGCAGAAAGCGACACCACCGAAAACGAUUGUGUUUGUGAACACGAGAAGGAAGUGUAGUGUGAUCGCGUGUUUCUUAUCAUUGUACGGUUUCAAAGCAUAUCCCGUGCACAGUGGUUUGACACAGAUUCUGAGACAUCAAGGUUUGAAGGCGUUCGAGUCGGAUGAUUGCCAUAUCCUGGUGGCAACAGACGCUUUAGCGCGUGGAAUGGAUUUCAAAGAUAUAUAUCAUGUGAUCAAUUACGAUGUACCAAAUUUCCGAUCUUGGGCAUCCUACAUUCAUCGUGUUGGGAGGACUGGCCGACUCGGUAAUCGCGGACUUGCAACCACAUUCUAUUCACCUGACCAUGACAGUAAUAUGGCACCGUUCCUCUAUCAGGUAUUUGAUUGA